CAGAGCACAUGGGCAGGGUGUGCAGGAAACAAGUCACGGAACACAACCUACGGCCAAAAAGGGAAGAGAUCACCGAGCCUGUAGCUGUGCAAGGUUACUCUCUACUAGUUUCCUCCUUUGCACCUAUUCACACAUUACUGGAACGUUGAAAUACUGAGACAGUGUUGAUGAUGCAAGACGCUUUUCUGCGCGUGUUUGUCGUGGCUCUGGGUCUCCUGGUGUGUCCGAGGGAUGACCCCGGGUCGGACGAGCGGGAUGAUAUCGUCACAGUGGGCACGCAACAGCUCGAGGAGAGGCAACCGAGGGACGAAGUGAAACUGGAGGAGGAAACGGCACCUGUCAGAGAGAAAAUGACACACAGAGACGACAAAGGGCCUCGGAAUAUCCCGAAAAGCAUCCCCAAGGAACAAACUCAGUCUGAUGAAGAUGUUACUGAUAAACAUAACUUAUCAGUCCCAGGGGAUAUGGCUGUCUUAAAUCAAGAUUCAUCGGAACACUUUGCUGAUCUCACAGGAGGACAUUUUAUAUCAUAUUCUGAUUCAAGUCAGCCACAACAGUCCAGAAGUGAACCCGAGGUUUCUCCGAAGACUUCACAAACCGACCACGAGCAAAAGGGAAACCAGCAGUUUGACAUGGGGAGUAAACAGCAUGUCGUUCUGACCGGUGGCUCUUUCAGAGACCCAGUCCCACCACAAGGGCAACAGGAAAAACCUGAGGAGAUGGAAGUUGAGGCAUCUCUGUCAGAAGUUCACACCACGAUGUCAGAAAAUGGAAGUUCAGAGGAGGCAAUUGGUGAUUGGGAGGAGGAUUACCUCUGGUACAUCUGGAAUACUUUCUCCCUCAUUUCCAUCAUCCGCUUCUUCAGGAAAUACUUGAGAAAAAACUCGCCAAUUAAACCAGAUGAGUCCAGGACCUUCCCAGUGACCCGCAUCGCUGCUGAAGUGCCACUGCCCGACGGUGACACGCUGCACAGUUUUCAUUCACAGUGUGUUCAAGCCUCAUCCAAUAACAAGUGGAGGGAGGAUGAGUUUUUGGAGGGGUUCGCAAAUCACAUGGUGGAGGCCAUGAGGAUCAUCUGCGAUAGUAAUGGAGGCAUGGCGAUCGACAACUGUCAGAUGUUGGAUGCAUGCGAUAUGAUUGUUCCCAUUACCCCAACUGAGCCGUAUAGUUUCCAGUUCCUGCUCUGGAAUAACCAGGCGAGUGACCUGCUGCUCGAUAUGCAAGUGUGUGGUCAAAUCAAAUUGGUGGCAAAUAAGAAAACCCCAAAUGGCUGCCACUGCCAGUCGUCUGACACGGAUGAUAUGGUUUGCCUGCUGCAUUGCGAGGACGUGAGUGCCAGGACAAAAAUGACCGAGAGCCGCCUUUGCAUGAAGAACACGUCUUUCUUGUCAAAGUCGCAAGUUAGCAGAUGGUUUCAGUGCACGAUCAAACAAGCGUGGGCACAGAUUUCACACAAGUACGAUUUUGAGCUCAGCAUUCGCUACAUUGAUGCUCCGGGCACUCUGGUUGUCAGAUUCAGAUCAGGGAAGCAGAUCAGCUUCAGUAUGAAUCCUGUGGUUAAAUUAAACGCUGAUGCACAUUUCUACAUUACACCUUGCGCCCCGAACAAUUUGGACACCUGCUGGCCUCUCUCCCUGACUGUCUAUGAAGAGCAUCUCCUUGAAUGUCUCGUCAAACGCCUGCCUGAAAACCCCUGCCACAUUCGCACUCUUGAUAUUGCAUGUUUCCUUCACAAGAGACAGACGGCACUGUCAGGAAGCAGUGCACUCAAGGAUCUUCAUUUCAAAACUGCCCUGAUCCAUCUACUUCUGACCAAAGACCCAUCCCAGUGGAAGCCACAACACGUGGCCGAUAGGCUACGAGACUUGCUGGACUUCCUUGAAAAAAGCCUGGAGAGAAAGCUCCUGCACCAUGUUUUCAUUGGAAACACCAUAACUCAGAAGUUUAUGCUGCUGCCUGUGGAGUUUACUCAAGCAAAGCCAGUGAAUCUCUUCCAUCCCCUGGUGGAACAUGAGUGCAUCUACAGAAAUGCUGUUAUGCAUUUCCAGGAAGUGCUUAGAAAUGCACACAUACUGAUAAAGGACUAUAUUAGUGCAUUCUGAAUGGCUGUCAGAAAAAAAAUAAAAAUUCUGAAGACUUGGGUACUUCUGAAAUGAGUUUAGUCCCUUUACCCUGACAGCAAUGGAUGCGUUAUUGCAUACUGUGGCAGAGAAAGAGCCAGGUACAUGACAAAAGUUUAUUUUAAAAUUGACCAUUUCCACAUUUUAGUAAUCAUCCUCCCAGUAAUUCACAAAGUCUUUGUGCUCCACCAUGCCGGGGUCCUCCGAACUGAUCGAGUCAGCAUCGAGCGAUUUCAUCCGAGGUUCAACAUCCACGAAUCCAUCCUCGCCACUCAAGUCGACUUUCCAAGACGGACUGGAGAUGGUUUUCCUGGAAGCUGUUGAAAUAAGUUUGAUUAAUCCCAAAUCUUUGUGUUAACAUUCUUGACUUCACCGCUUAAAGUUAAGGUCUGUGCAAAAACCGAAUCAUGUCUUAAGCUACUGGCUUUUUAUAAAAAGUUCCUGUAAUGUAUGAACACAAGGUGGAAGUUUACCCCUAGGCAGUGCUGAUGGGCAAGUAGAUUCACAGCAGAUGCACACAGAGUCGUCAACGUAAAGCUCCUUCCACCUUAAAAGAAACAUUUUGGUUAUACUGAAAAUACACUCCACAGGUGGCAAUACUUAGAAUGCCACCAAGUGUUUAUAAAAGCUUAGUCAUUUAGUUUGUCAAACUCUCAUGAAAUAGCUGAUCAUCAAAUGGAGAAAAAAAAAUGCAUGCCCCACCUGUGGGUGUUCCAACUAGCCAGAGGCAACUUACUUUUUGGUUGCUGGGUCAUAAUUGCAAGCCUUUAAACUUGGAGAUGGUGUAAGUGUCCCCACGGAGACGUCACAGUGCAUGUAGAGUUGCUGAAAGACAUUUGGUUUCCAGUGUAAUGGACUGGUCAUUUGAUUUGACAGUACAUGGCCCUCACUUUUACCGAUGUACCUGCAUUUGGGUGGAGGUGGAAACCCCGUCCUUGAAAAUGAAGGCAGCCACACUGAAUUUCAGGGCCAUCUUCGAGGCGCCAAGGAGGAACUUUGACUGCUUAGAUGCCUUGCUGUCAACCAUGCAGCUGCAAUUGGAGAGAAUGCAUGUUUAUAUUGAACUGAAGCAUUUCAUUUUUUUACAAGUUAAAAUCCUACCCUUGGUUGUCAAUGACUGUAUAUUUAGGGUUGGAGUUGGGGUUUUGGCUGGCAGUCAUGAAGCACUUGUUGAUGUACAUCCUCUGGUCUCCUGAUUUUGCAGUGGCGUUCGCCAUCUUUGCUUCAAAGUACAUUGGCUGGCCCAGGGUGUAGGUUUUUGAUUCCGGGAGCUCAUUCCCGGACGCUGUAAGGAGAAGUUAAUUGUGACAUUUAGUGACAAAGGUUUAGUAUGCACUUUUAUUGUAUUAUUUGCUUUAAAUGCAUAAGACGAUCCCUUUCCAUCGGCUUCCUUAAGGGUUUCUCUCCAGCUUUGAACACAUUCUAUAAAAUUCCAGCACCACUGGUGUUCAGUUUAAAAUAAGUUAAAGACGUCCUAAUUAAGUUCCCUUUGUUUUUACCUCAUACAUAAGUUUGUGGUUUGAGAAAGACCUCAGUUUUACCAUUCACAUUUGAAGCCAGAUGACCAGUCAAACUUUGCAUGCAAGAAGGCAAGUGCAGAAGAAUUUUAAAAACAACAUACCAUCUAAAGCAGCAAGAAUCACAUUUUGCUUUGGUUGGAGUGCCUUGAAAACUGUGCCUCCUUGCAGUUUGGGAUGGAUGCCAACUUUAUAGGAGUUGAAAAACCUGCAAGCAUGUGAAAACUUGUUUUAAAGGCAGAGUUGAAUAAGCACAGAAAUCUUUGAUUAGAAAACAGCGCUAUAACCUAAACCCCAUAGUAUUAGCAGAGAACAUGGCCAAAACUCAAAGAAAGACAUACCUUGGAUAUUUGCACUGCAGGGGAACACUAAAGGGCAUUUGCCUCAGAACUUGACCAGCUGGCAUGUACUUGAGCACAACGCUGAUGAACAGGUUGUCAGCCUUACUCUGAAACAUACAGAUGUGAUGGUUUGUCAAAUAAGCAUUUGAAAGAUUAAGACAAAAGAGAAGACACCUUUACCAACCUCUAAUUUGAAUCCACAGUCAGUUUUCAGUAGGUACAGGAGGUAGUAGUGGGCUUUGGUGCCUUGGUUGACAGGACAGGUACCCAGUUUCAAGUCUUUGUAAGCAUUAAGGCUCUUGAAGACGUCUCUCCUAAUUCUUACAUAGAUUCUGUCAACAUGACAAAGUAGUUCAACCACUCCUGCUCUGGCUGCCGCCGCCGUCGUCGAACUAGUGGCAACAGGAACGCGCAAUAUUUCCCCAGACCAGUCGGGGAGGGGUCUGGCACCUUUCUCUGGCUGGAACACCUCUUUCGGGUAUGCGGACUUCUGGGCGUAGACCCACUCGGGGAACGUGUUCUCGUCGGCCGUUAUGGCUCCGCUCUUCCAGACCCUGGGCGCGGGGCCCGCUCGUUCUUCGCCGCCCAUCGUCUUCAUUCUCUCCCACUCGGAUUCGGGAUUUUGCACAAACGGACCGUAGCCAGCUCGACUCCGGAACCGGUAACUGGAGGCGGAACAAAGCAGCUGUAGCAGAAGCCCCGCGUGCACCGACCCCAUUCUCAUCGUGGCAGCUGGCUCUGCACCGACGCUGGCCCUUCACCUGGACAGGUUGAGUGUGGCAUGCGGCAGUGUGUCACCUGGCUUUUGUGUUCCGCGAUCGAGCGGCUGCAACACAUGCCAAUCAAGAACAACCAAUGAGAAGAGACCAACGGCAAUCAGCCUUAACAGGCUGCAUGCCAUUCUCUUCAUCUGUCAAUCACCACUGUGGCUUUUGUCAAGUGCACUUGGCUGCCAGUUUAUUGGGAACACCGAACUAAACCCAAUUUUCUCUAAUACGCCAGUCCUGCAAUGUGGUUAUCAUUUUCAGUUUUUAAAAAAUGUUAUUUUAUUGUGUUGACGAGAUGUUCAUCCAAUCGGAUUAUUUUGGUGUUUCUGGUGUGUUAGACUGCAUUUCUUUCAGCCAGGUGUGCCUAAUAAACUGGUACGUAUGAGCAUAUA